AUGAACACUACUUCUACUGGCACUUCACAGAAGCGCAGCACCAGUUCAGAUACCAACAGCGCGUCUACUCCUGCCAGUGCUACUGGCACCGGUGCCAACCCCUUGCUAUUUCUUGGUAACAAGAUCGAUCGGCUAACCAGUCGUAUAGAGUCGUUGGAAAACGACAAAAUCAUUACGUUGAAGCAGCAAGUCUCCAUAUUGCGGCAAUUGGUUGAUUUUCAAAAUGUCAAAUUGGAGAAAAUCACUAGUUUAGUGGUUGAGGUUGUUGAAAAUUCCCGACAACAGCAGCAACAUCAGCAUCAACGUCAUCACCCACAACAAAGGAAACGAAGACGAAGUUCGAAUGAUGAUGCUGUUGCUCAAGCUGGUGAGGAAGAGUUGAUCCAAGUAUUUGAAAACGGGUUAAAUGAGGGCACUCGCGGGAUUUCCUCGUCGGCUCACCUUGGUCAUAAUGGCAUUAAUCAUCUUCAUAUGCAACCACAAGCGCUUCAGCAACAGGAGCCGCAACAGCAGCAGCAUCAACAUGAACAGCAACAGCAACAACAACAACAACAACAACAGCAGCAGCAGCAGCAGCAGCAGCAGAUGCUACAUCCGCCUCAAGCGCCAAAUCACCACUUGCCUCACCUUCAAUUACAAGCAACUGUAUCCAAUGUUGACCCAAAACUAGAUCCUCAGCUUGGAAUAAGUGGACCUCCCCGUCAAGACGAAGCCACUCAGCUCCAGCAGCCAGCAUCAAUAGACGCGAUAACUCGUCAGCACCGACAUCCGAACACACAUACCCAUCAACACCAGCUUAUAAACACGCUGCCGAGAACGAAUAGAAAGGCCAGUGAAGUAAGGAGAAUAGAGGAAGAAAACAGUCGCACUUUAGACGAAGCAUUAUAUCCGCAUCAUCACCAACACCCACACCAGCAUCAACUUGAUCUUGCGUCCGAGGUCAACCCAGGACAAAAGCCAAAUAAUAAUCAGUCACAACCACAACCACAGCUGCUGCUGCAACAGGAGUCGGUUCCCCUAAACAACCGGAGAAUGAUUCAAAUUGAGUUUAUGAAGAAUCCAACUACAGUACAAGAAAUCUACAAUGAAUUCUUUUCCGGCUACAAGGGACAAGAACCCUUGGCAGCGUUGGACUUGAAGUAUGGGAAACAAAACUGGAGAGGCCAUUCGCGGUCAAAAGAAAGCAAACGGUACCAACGACGCAAGAGGCUCUGCGACGCUAUCAAAAAGGGGGCUUUCAAGUUGGGCAAGUCCGACGACGAGAUUAUCCAGUUGUUGGAGACCUAUCGAGAAGAAAAGACCUUGACUUGGAUUAUGAAUGGCCAUUUGCCCCCGGAAUUAGAAGAUUUGUAG